UUAUCCACGGAUGCUAUAACUCCUCCCCUUCCUUCAAGCUCAGGAACGGCGGACACGUGCCUUCUCCUCCUCCGUCGAAUCCUUUCUCCUUCUUCGAUCGCCACGGAUUCUCUUUCAAUCUAGGCAAUUUCUCAGGUUAGUUCUGAUUUCAGCUUGAAGAGGAAUGCAACUAUGUUUCGAGAAAGCCAAGCAUCGUUGAUUUUGGUUGAUUCGAUUUGCUUGUGCAUCCAUAAGACCCUCUUGAUGCUACUUGUGUGACGUGUGGCACGCAUGUGUAACGUGGGCCGUUCAUCAUGUGGGUGCUGCUGUGGAUGUUGGCUGGUGCAACAUUGGUGGUUCUGUUCAUCAGGAGGGCGGCGUAUGUAGGCUGCACGCAACAUGUGUGGUGUGACAGUGAGGUGGACAUGUACGAGAUCCUACAAUAUCCAAGCAGUCCAGCAAGUGGGCCUGAUCAUAGUUCUUGCCUAAAAUCGGAUUGGUCUGCUUGUCAAGUGGGAAAUUACGUUAGAAAUAGGUGCAUCAUGUAUGCCUUAGCUAAACUGUGUGCAGGCCUGAAUGGUUCUUGGAAAAAUAUGAGCUUUAGAGUUCAUGCAAUGAGUGCUACCCAGGGAAAUGUUGCAACACCCAAGGGCAUUUCAAAGUUGAAACAUGAACCUGAUCAUCUCGUUGUCCUUGUUCAUGGCAUCUUGGCUAGCCCUAGUGACUGGACAUAUGUAGAAGCAGAACUGAAAAGGCGCUUGGGAAGCAACUUUUUAAUCUAUGCAAGUUCAUCUAAUACCUACACUAAAACCUUCACUGGAAUCGAUGGAGCUGGGAGGCGAUUAGCAGAUGAAGUCAUGCAAGUGGUCCGAAAGACAGAAAGCUUGAAAAGGAUCUCUUUCUUAGCUCAUUCUCUUGGUGGCUUGUUUGCAAGAUAUGCAAUUGCUGCUCUCUAUUCUUCAAAUGCCUUUGGUAAGCCAGAGAAUCCUGCCGGCCACAUAAAUGGGAACCCUGAAAAAUCUACAAAUGCUUUGAAACUAGGUGCAAUUGCUGGACUGGAGCCAAUCAAUUUUAUUACCUUGGCAACUCCACAUUUAGGCGUGAGAGGAAAAAGGCAGUUUCCAUUUCUCUUGGGAGUUCCCUUAUUGGAAAAGCUUGCUCCACCUAUAGCUCCCUUUCUGAUUGGCCGAACCGGUCGUCAGCUGUUCCUAACAGAUGGUAGACCAAGCAAACCACCUCUCCUUCUAAGAAUGGCGUCUGAUUGUGAAGAUGGAAAGUUCUUGUCUGCUCUUGGUGCAUUCAGAUGCCGCAUUCUUUAUGCCAAUGUCUCCUAUGACCAUAUGGUUGGCUGGCGCACAUCCUCUAUCAGGAGAGAAACAGAACUUGUUAAGCCCCCACUGCGAUCUUUGGAUGGUUACAAGCAUGUUGUGGAUGUGGAGUAUUGUCCCCCAAUGUCAUCUGAGGGCCCCCAUUUUCCUCCAGAAGCUGCAAAAGCGAAGGAGGCUGCACAAACUGCCCCCAGCACACAAAACACGUCAGAGUAUCAUGAUAUAAUGGAAGAGGAAAUGAUAGGUGGAUUACAAAGGCUAGGAUGGAAGAAAGUCGAUGUCAGCUUUCAUUCAUCAUUUUGGCCAUUCUUUGCUCAUAACAACAUACAUGUGAAAAGUGAGUGGCUGCAUAAUGCUGGUACUGGAGUGGUUGAUCAUGUUGCAGACAGUCUCAAAAAGCAAGAGUCCAGCCCCGCCAUUGCUGCGAGCCUAUAAGUAUGCAUUUAUGUACGCUUUUCUUACUUGAAGCUGUAACAUCUUGUAACAUAAUUACAGAGUACUUGAUCUGAUUAUUUUCCUUGCUCUUAAAUAAAGUCUCCUUUUUCCUGA